AUGUGUCGCUCGUCCUCCCCUUCCCGUCGCUGCAAUGGAGGCUCUGCCGCUUGCGAUCCGCCGCCGUAUCCACGUCAGCCGUCCAGGGCACCUAAUCUCUCCUCACCACCACCAUACGAGCAACAGCAGACGAUGACGCCUCUCAAUAACCGUCAGCAGCCGAUGGCUCCCCAAGAAGUCACAUUCAUGGAUGACACCCAGCCUGGCACAUAUCAGCAGGGCUUUCCCAAUGCGACGAACCACGUUGCACCACCACCGCGUUCUCAGCAGCCAAUACGACCUCAGACAGCUCAGCGCGGGCAAAGUCCACAGGUCAACAUGUACCAGCAGCAUUACUCGGACCUGACGUACGGCCAUGCAGUUCCUGCUCCCGUCCGACAGCCGACUUACCAUGCUCCAGCCCCUGCUCCAGUCCGGCAAAUGGCACACAAUGCUCAAGUUCCUGCUCCUAUCCAAAAUCCGACUUACCAUGCCAGGGCUCCUGCUCCUGUCCGACAGCCGAGCAACCACGCUGGGUUUUCUACAGCUGUCCAGCAGCCAAGAUUCGUCCCGAGGGGCCAGGACAUCCGGGCAACCCAGAUCAACAUAUAUACUGGGAGUGUUGCUGGCCCGAACCAAAACAAUGCGAACACUCCUGCAGGACCGCUCUCGCCUGUUGAGAACAUAUCAUUCCAGCCACGUGGCCAAAAGCGUCCUCGCUCGGACGAGGACGACGACGUGGUGGUCACUAGAAUCAGGUCUCAGCGGCCUAUCGUGGUCUACGACGACAAGGAGAACAUCGACGACGAGCUUACUUUCCUCGAGGCUCGCACUCUGGACCGUGAAGCAUCGACUCCUGGUGUCCUUGCCGCCACACCCGAGCCAACGCAGUUGCCGAGUCCUCCCGGUCCACAGGGUCAGCAGAAGCGUGCUCCCACAGGAGCUCGCAACAAGUCCUGGUAUAAGGUUGACACGAGCAAGCCUUGCGAGCUCACCACUGCGCUCGCAACAGGCCUGAUCAACACCGAGCAGCGUAACGAGGAAAGGAAGAAGGAGAAUCUUAGACUUCGCGGAGGCACAGGCGGCAGGCAGCGAGGCCCAAGGCGGAGCGUAAAGUGGCCGGAGAUGAGCCCGGAAAUCAUUGCUGAGCAGGAGAUGUUGUUCAGUGAUGAGAGGAGAGAAGAGAACCGAGCGUGGAAGCGAAGACAAGAAGAGGCUGACGCUGACAAGAAGCGGAGACAAGAAGAGGCUGACGCGGCGCAGAGACAAGAACAGCUGCUGAAGCAGGAGCAGGAGAAGAUAAAGCGAGAGCAGGAAGCACGGGAGAAGGAGAGGAAGGCACUGCUCGCAAAACGAGAAGCGCAUCUGGUCGCGCGGCUUAAAGAAGAGGAAGCGGGAUUGGAAGCUCUUUGGGAACCAGAAGAGGGAGAUGCAGCAGAAGGAGUGCUUGUGGCAUGA